AUGAGUCUGCUGAGGCCCAGCGGGCUGAAGUCCCCCACCAAGAUCCUCAAGCAUGGGAGCUGGGCCCUGAAGGCACCCUCGGCCGCUGCUGCUCCCGUUGAGAAGACCAUGCCUGGGGAAAAAACCCCCAUCGCCCCCUCCUCGGAGAUGCAGGAGGAGUUUGUGGGCGACUUCCAGGUCGGGGAACGAGUCUGGGUGAACGGGAACAAGCCUGGAUUCAUCCAGUUCCUCGGGGAGACCCAGUUUGCCCCUGGUCAGUGGGCCGGGAUCGUCUUGGACGAGCCCAUCGGCAAGAACGACGGCUCGGUGGCGGGUGUGCGCUACUUCCAGUGCGAGCCGCUGAAGGGCAUCUUCACCCGGCCGUCCAAGCUGAGUAGGAGCUUGCAGGCCGACGAUGAGACCAACUGCCGGCAGCCAGCGCCUGCCGCCUGGGCCACACCGCCCCUGUCGGCCUCCCCGGCCCCUGCCAGCACCGCGAAGGUGCCCCAGUCCCCCGCGAAGGAGUCACCGGCCACCCCUCACAUCAGCAGCCUGACCAGGACGGCCAGCGAGUCCAUCUCCAACCUCUCUGAGGCCAGCUCCCUCAAGAAAGGGGAGCGGGAGCUUAAGCUUGGGGACCGGGUGCUGGUGGGAGGCAUGGAGGCCGGUGUGGUGCGCUUCCUCGGGGAGACGGACUUCGCCAAGGGGGAUUGGUUCGGCGUAGAGCUGGACAAGCCACUGGGCAAGAACGAUGGUGCCGUGGCCGGAACGAGGUACUUCCAGUGUCAGCCCAAGUAUGGCUUGUUUGCUCCCAUUCACAAAGUCACCAAGAUCGGCUUCCCGUCCACGACGCCGGCCAAGGGCAAGGUGGCCGCUGUGAGGCGUGUGAUGGCCACCACCCCCGCCAGCCUGAAGCGCAGCCCUUCGGCCUCCUCGCUCAGCUCCGUCAGCUCCGGGGCCUCAUCCGUGAGCAGCAGGCCCGGCCGCACGGGACUAUUGCCGGAAACCUCCUCCCGCUACGCGCACAAGAUCUCCGGCACCACCGCCCUCCAGGAGGCGCUGAAGGAGAAGCAGCAGCACAUUGAGAAGCUGCUGGCCGAGCGGGACCUAGAGCGGGCGGAGGUGGCCAAGGCCACGAGCCACAUGGGGGAGAUAGAGCAGGAGGUGGCCCGCCGGAACGGGCACGGCCAGCACGUCCUGGAGCUGGAGGCCAAGAACGACGAGCUGCGGGCCAUGCUGGAAGCGGCCGACUGGGAGAAGGUGGAGCUGCUGAACCAGCUGGAGGAGGAGAAGAGGAAAGUGGAAGACCUCCAGUUCCGAGUCGAGGAGGAGUCCAUCACCAAAGGCGACCUGUUUUCCCACCAGAUGGAGGUGAAGUCCCUGCAGGCGGCCUCUGAGAAGCUCGCCAAGGAGAACGAGUGCCUGAGGACCAAGCUGGACCAUGCCAACAAGGAGAAUGCGGACGUGAUCGCCCUGUGGAAGUCCAAGCUGGAGACGGCCAUCACCCCGCACCAACAGGCCAUGGGCGAGCCGAAGGCAUCCGUGAGCCAGGGCGUGGGCGCUGAGGCGGCCGAGCUGGCCGAGCUCAAGAUGCAGAUCGAGAGGCUACAGUUCGAGUACCAGCAGGAGGUGGAGAGCCUGAAGGCCCAGCAGGCGGCUGUGCGUGCAGCGCAUGCCUCUGAGCUGAAGACGCUCAGGUCGCGGCUGUUCAGGAUGGCCCAGGAGCAGAAGAACAGCCUGGAGGCCGCACGGGCCAAGCUCGACCAGAUCGAGGACCAGCACCUGGUGGAGAUGGAGGACGCCCUGAACAAGCUGCAGGAGGCGGAGACGAAGGUAAAGCACCUGGACGGGUUGUGGGCCGUGUGUAGUCAGCAAGCCCAGGCCCUGGCCAAUGCCACGGCACAGCUGGAGGCCACCCAGCAGAAGCUCUUGCAGCUCGAUGGGCUUUGGAAGGCCAGUUCCUAAGGUCAAUUGGGAAUGGAGAAGCUCAGGCAGCAGCUCCAGGUGGCUGAGCAGCAGAUUCAGGAGAAGGUGGACGUGAGCCGCAGCCAGUGCCAGGCUCUACAGGCCGAGCACGCCAAGGCCAGCGUGGAGAGCCAGGGGCAGCACGAGGAGGCGCCGCAGGCCCUGCAGCAGCUGCUGCUGCAGGCGAAGGAGAAGCUGCAGGCGGUGCAGGCGGAGAACGGGAGACUGCUGCGGGAGGUGGCCGAGCUGAAGACACAAGCCGACAAGGCCAAGGUGGGUGGCCGCAGUGCAGCGCCGCGGCUGAUGGCGGCCAUGGCCCUCCUGAUGGCGGAGGCUCUCGCCAUCCUGGACUCCCACAUGGAGGCGCAGAUCUGCUGCCUCUGA